GCCCCCCCCCGCAGCCAAUGGGAGAGAGCGAGGGAGAGAGCGCUUCCGGGUUCGGCCGCGCGGACUUCCGGCGGCCUCCUGUCAGGUGACGGUUCAAGAUGGCGUCGCCUGCGGACCCCGGCCGGCCUGAGGCUCCCGAGGGGAAGGCGAAGGGCGAGGCGGGCGGGGAGGAGGCCUCGCAGGAGGGCGACCUGCGCAGCGUCCUGGUCACCAGCGUCCUCAGCCUGGAGCAGCUGGACCUGGACCUCUUUCGGUCAGCGGGGGCGGAGGAGGGCGGCCGGGGAGGGAGCCACACAGGCCGGGAUGUGGACCUAGAAUCUCGGAAUUGUAGGGGUGGAAGGGACCCGCAAAGGUCAUCUAGCCCAACCCCCUGUUAUGCAGGAAUCUCAGCUGAAGCAUCUCUGGCGGGGGGCCACCCAACGUCUGUUUCAAAACCAAUAAUAAUAAUAAUAAUAAUAAUAAUAAUAAUAAUAAUACAUUAUUUAUACCCCGCCCAUCUGGCUGGGUUUCCCCAGCCACUCUGGGCGGCUUCCAACAGGAGAUUAAAAAGACAUUAAAACAUCACUCAUUAAAAGCUUCCCUAAACAGGGCUGCCUUCAGAUGUCUUCUGAAAGUCUGGUAGUUGUUUUUCUCUUUGACAUAUGGUGGGAGGGUGUUCCGCAGGGCAGGAGCCACCACCAAGAAGGCCCUCUGCCUCGUUCCCUGUAACCUCACUUCUCGCAGGGAGGGAACUACCAGAAGGCCCUGGCAGCUGGACCUCAGUGUCCGGGCAGAACGAUGGAGGUGGAGACGCUCCUUCAGGUAUACUGGACCAAGGCCCAACCCCCUGCAAUGCAGGAAUCUCAGCUGAAACAUCCCUGGCAGGGGGCCGUCCAACAUCUGUGUCAAAACCUAUAAUAAUAAUUAUUAUUAUUAUUUAUACCCUGCCCAUCAGGCUGGUUUUCCCCAGCCACGCUGGGCGGCUCCCAACCGAAUAUUAAAAACACAAUACCGCAUUAAACAUAAACAACGUCCCUAAACAGAGCUCUCCAAGGAAGGAGAGUACAGAACCUUCCCAAGGGAGAUCCUGCCACUGCCAAGCUGUUCUUACUGUCGGAAAGUUUUUCCUGAGGUUUAUUCAGAAUCUUCUUUCAUGCAAUUUGAAUCAAUCGGUUCCUCCCCUGCAGAAAACAAGUUUGCUCCAUCUUUCACGGGACAGCCCUUCAGAUAGUUGAAGAUGGCUAUCAUAUUGAGAUCUCAAGGUUUCUUCCCAUCUUGCAGCAUCAAAUGGCACUGAAGCUCUUAUGUUUUUGGUUGUUUGAUUUUAAAAAAGGCCUCACUUUCAAUUUUUGUCUGCAAUGAGGAUCAUAAGACAGCUGCUUAUCAGUGCUUCUGUCUGUGGGGGUCUCUGUGAGAACGGGACAGUGAGCUAGAUGGGCCUUCUUUUACUUGAUCCAGCAGCCAGGCUGUACUUUUAUUUCCACAGCAUAGGCAACAAAGGCAACAGUGUAAUCAAAGUCUUGCUGAUGGAUUCAUAUCUGUCUUGCAAACAAAUGAAACAAAAUGGCCACCUCACACAAAGCAGCAAAGCCCAAGUAUGUCUCUUUGACGGGUGACAACUUAAGUGGAUGGCUUUGCCCUUUGAAAGACAGGCCCUUGGUCUGGAAUAACACAAGAAACAAAAUGGGCUCUCUUGCUUCCCCGUCUUUUCUGAAAACAAGCCAAGCUUCAUGCUGGGAAUUGCUUUUGGGAGAAAUUCAAAUGUCCUGGACCCUGACCCCAGAUAGUUGUGAGAGUGGGCUGCAAGGUUCUGAUUUGCAAUGCAGAGAACAAGAACUAUGCGGGCCUGACUUGACUCCACACUAUCCACCCUGUCCCCACAGGCCACCCUAUAGUAUGCUAAAAGAAACAAAAAACAGGAAUCAGGGAAGACAGAAAGGUGCCAUCUUUUGGGGAAUAACCUCACUUUGUUGUCUUUCUCCUAGUGGGAGGCACUACUGGGUGCCAGUCACACAGCGACUCUUUGGUGGGCAGAUAGUGGGCCAGGCCUUGGUGGCAGCUGCAAAGGCUGUGAGUGAGGAUGUACAAGUCCAUUCGUUGCAUUGCUACUUCGUGAGAGCAGGUAAUAACAGGUUCUGGGAAAGGAGGGGGUGGGAAGGGUGGAGUUCUUGAGCAGCGCCUUAUAAGCAGACCCUGGUAAGCUUCAGAACUGGCAGUGAAGACUCACACAACCACACCCAAAGUGUUACCAGUGGCCAGGUAAAGAUCCAAAGGAAGCUCACAGGCAAGGUGUGAUGGACAGAGAUGGCCAUUUGUGGCUACUGGACCUCCACAUCUAAUCACCCAAGGGAGGCUGUUUCUGGUCACACAGAUUCCACUUCUGGAGUAGAUGGGCCACUGGCCUGAUUCAGCAGGCUCGUCUUAUGUUCUUAGCUCUACUCUCUCUCUCCUUUCAGCAUCCCUCCAAAAACCAGUAAAUACAAUUACUCAUUGUAGCUGUGAUUCCCAUAAAUUCCUCAGUGCGGCAUCGAAGUACUACCUACUUUUUUUUGCCUUCAGCCUGCUGCUUUUAGUGGAUGAUGGUUUGUGUGUUGUUGGCCACUGGGGGAUGCUCCUGCUUCUCCUUCCAGGCCCAGACAGGCCACAUCCUAGCAGCCAGAGUGUCCCAGGAAGCUGCAACAGCAGCUGUAAGGGUGGUGGCAUCAGACCCAGUUCAUCACCACUUUUGGUCUGACUGGGACUGAAAACAACAGAGGGAGGAAAUUCUGCACCUUGUCCCUGCCCACUUCAGAAGCUGCUGCUGCUCCCACCCCCGUUUGACUGUCAUGCUCCUACUGUUAUUCCGGGGCACAGCCCGGACGCUGCCUGAGCACUGCUCUUGAUCUCUGGCAUGGGGGGAAAAGGAGAUAGAGAAGAAACCAAGAGAGCAAGUGCUUGCUCGCACAGCAGCCAUAAUGCUCCCAUCACUCUCCCUUUCUGGGGCGGCAAGUGAGCUGACCAAAGGCCCUUCCUGCUUCCAGGGGACCCCACGGUGCCGGUUCUGUACCAGGUGGAGCGCACUCGCACAGGGAAGAGCUUCUCGGUGCGGUCGGUCAAGGCCAUCCAGCAUGGGAAGCCCAUCCUCAUUUGCCAGGCCUCCUUCCAGCAGGACCAGCCCAGCCCCGUCAAGCACCAGUUCCACAUGCCGGACGUGCCCCUUCCAGAGGAACUGCUGACCCAGGAAGAGCUCAUCCAGAAGUACCUGCAGUGAGUGGCGCAGGGUCCCCACCUCUCUUCCAGAAGACCGUCCGCUUGGCCAUAUACAUAAAGAAGCUUCCUGAGCCAGAAGUUACCAGCCUUGCCCUUGGCUCCUGCCUGGCCCAGGGAGCCUCCAUGGCUGAAACUGACCCACCCAGCUGUGAUGUGGGGAAAGUGUGUCCUGCAGGAGGGCAAUGGGUUUUCCUGGAGCAGCUGCACUGAGCUCAACUCUGCGUUUGCUCGCAGUUCGGAACUCUCCUCUGGCUCCGUGCAGCUCCAGCAAACUUGGGUUGGCCAGGCUAGUCUGUGGAACCCCUUCCCACAAGAGGGAAUGGUGGCCACCAACUUGGGUGGCCUUGAAAGAGGAUCAGGAAGUGAGGGCUCUCAAUGGCGACUAGCCAGGAUGGAAACUGCAGGUGGGGAGAGGGCUCUGCCUUUAGCCCACGACAGCUUCUACCCAGUGCCAUUUUUCUGGUGCCAGAGUUCACCGUGAACACCUCCCUUGUUGUCUUGUAAGAAGGCUCCAGUGGGUUCUGGUGGAAAAAAGCCCUGCUUCUACCAGUGUUGGUUGGUAUGCCUGGCUGAGCAAGUGAGAAUGAGGCCCAACAUUUCAGGAGCCAGACCCUCCCCGUCCCCAUUUUCCUCCAGACCCUCCCAGUGGUGUUGGGGCUGCAGCUCCAUCCCUGGACAUUGCCCAGGCUGCCUGGGACCUGUGGGCAAAGGCUUCCUGCUUGCCUGCAAUGGUGCCCCCCUUCUGCCCCCAGCCAGCUCACUGCUCGUGUCUGCUCUUUUUUCAAAGGGACCCAAACCUUCUGGACAGAUACAGGCAAGGACUCAACAAGAUGCUGGCCCAAGAAGUUCCCAUUGAGAUUAAGCCAGUGAACCCCCCAGACUUCUUCCACCGGAGACCGCAGGAGCCCAAGCAGCUCUUGUGGGUGAGAGCCAGGGGCCACAUAGGUAAGCUCUUAAGCGCCUGCCCCCCCCCCCGUUAGCAUCCCAGGGAUUGGUCUGAGGCCCAGAAAAGUCCUCUAAAUCAAGUAUCCGUGUGAGUCUGCAUCCUUUCACUUGAAUCAGUAUUCAAUUUAUUUCUUUUACAGAACCUUAAAAAGGGCGGAAAAAAACCACCCAAACACACAUUUUGGGGUAAGGGAGGAGAAUUAUGGGGUGGGGAGGGAUGUGUGGAACACGCAGGCUCCUGCCCUGGAACUCUAGAGCUUUGUCUCUGGAGAGAUCGCUGCACAACGCUGAGGCCUAGGAACUUGCUUUGGGAGAUCGUUUGGGUCUUUCAUGUUCACCUAGUGCUGCGCCACCUCCUCUCCAGCUCGUACAGGGGCACCCAGCACCCCUAUGACCCCCUCAGCAGGCUCUCUGCUACCCACCCCCUGCGCCUUGCUCUCUCCUCCAGCCAGCGAUGUCUGUUUUGCAGGCGAAUGUGACAUGAAGCUGCAUUGCUGUGUGGCCGCCUACAUCUCGGACUACGCCUUCCUGGGGACGGCCCUCUUCCCCCACCAGCACCACAGGGUCAGCUUCAUGGUCUCCCUGGACCACUCCAUGUGGUUCCACGCCCCCUUCAGGGCCGACCACUGGAUGCUGUAUGAGUGCGAGAGCCCCUGGGCAGGUAGGUGCCAGGCAGGGAGCAUGGGGGGGGGGCUGUGCGGGGAAGAGACGCCCGAGGGCUGUUCUGCAUCACAGCAGACAGUCCUCAGCCACCGCCCUCCUCCUCCUCUCUCUGACACGCAGGGGGGUCCCGGGGCCUGGUGCACGGGCGCCUGUGGCGCAGGGACGGCGUCUUGGCUGCCAGCUGCGCCCAGGAAGGCGUCAUCCGCGUGAAGGAGCAGCCCUCCGGCAGCAAGCUGUAGCGAGGAAGAGAGCGGUCCUGCUCGGAGGCGCGGCCCCCGUGGACUUGGGCAGGCCCUGCAGGCCUCAUGCUGGAACGGCAGCAGAUGGAAGCCAGCUGGUCUGGGCGGCUUUUGCACAGAGACCCACAAACAGGAGCACUGGCAAGCAUCCUUUUUAUUGGGUGAAGGGAGUUACAAGACUGGCCCUUGGCUUUCCCUGUCGCUAAUAAAGGGGCAGCAGCCCCUCCCUCCAAGGCUCUGGUCUCCUGAGGCUGCAAGGGAGGGAGGGAGGGAGGGACCUGGUUUCCACCCGAUUUCCCUUUGACGCCCUGCCCCAUUGCAAGAGGCAGAAGCAGGCAGCCCCUCUUCCCUGGAAACCACUCUAAAAGCUUCCCUUUUUCAGCCUGGGGGCUGGAACCUCAGCUCCCCUCUCCCCAGUAGGCUGGAACCCCAACUAGCAGCAACAGCACCACCCACCUCUGGAGACCCCCAGGCUUCCACUUGGGGGGAGGAGCUGUGCCCCUCUGCCUACCGUAACAGCUAUUAGUGUCAGACAAACACGGCAGGCGGUUGCUGCUAUCCCUUUCCUCCUAGAGGCAUUCAAGCAUUACAAAGAAGUCCCUUUCAGAAGCCAGGGAGGCAUCUAAUUCCUCUACGGAGCCCCAAAUAAACAGCCCCAGCGGCUGUUCCUCGCAGGGGCACGGUGGUCCUCGGGAGGGACGAGUUCACCUUGCCCUAAAACAACGGUCCGGUUUCUGCCUGGGCUGCUCCCCUCCCACGAUCCAAAGUGAAGCCAGCCGGCCUCCUCAGGGCAGGGGCUGUUUGAUGAGCAGUUCCUUCAGGGUGGGCGGGUGCAUCUCUGCUCCGCCGGCCUCCUGCAGUCGCUGCAGCCGGGCCUCUGCCUGGCGCUUGUCCCUGCCCAGAACCCAGGAGAGGCGGAUGUGGGCCUGCAGGAAGGGGGCCAGCAGCGGGUGACUGUCCUGCGCCUCCAGGAGACACAGGGCCCGUUCGCAGGCCGCGUGCGCCUCCCCGGCCUGGCCCAGCUCCUGGUGGCAGACGGCCAGCCCGGCCAGCGUCAGCAGGAAGUGGCCCGAGCGGCAGGCGCCCAGCCUCUCCUGCAGCUGGUGGGCGUUGGCCCACGUCGCCAGGGCCUCCGGGUACCUCCCGGAGCACGUCAGGCUCUGCGCCGCCUGCAGGUCGCGCAGGAAGAAGAACUCCAGGUAGUCGGCCGAGCGCCGGAUCUCCGGCAGCGAGUGCAGGUGGGACAGGAACUGCUCGAAGGCGCGGCUGCGCUUGGCGAUGGUCUCGGCCGCGAAGUUGCGCCGCAGCCGCUUCCGGGGGAAGGAGACGCCCGCCAUGUCGCCGCAGAAGCGCCGGCGCAGGUGCCGGUUCAGCCGCUCAAAGUCAGAGUAGCGGCGGGAGAUGCAGGCGGGCGCUUUGUCGAACUGCCCCGCGCGGAUCAGGUAGACGGUGUAGAGCUGUGGGGUGGGACAGGGAGGGGGCAGCGGUGAGAGGGGCUGCCCAGAAAGGGACAGAAUCCAGUAACCCCCGCCCCGCCCCGCAGCAAGACAAACAGGGAGGCAUGCCCCUCUCCCUGGCUUCCCGCUGCGUGAGCCUACCUCCCCCCUUCCGCGGACAGAUCCCCAAGCAGCAGGGAAAGGGCUGGGAAAGCCAGGCAGGUGAAACAGCAGCAGCCAUGGGGAAGUUACCUGAGGCUCUUCUGCCCAAACCGUGGCAGCACAAGGAAAAAGAGAAAAUAGUCAGGGCCAGGCACCCUACAAGACACCCCCCCCUCCCAAUAAGGCAUGGCGGGUGCGAGAAGAGGCAACUCCAGUCUUAAUAAUAAUAAUAAUAAUAUUUAUACCCUGCCUACCUGGCUGAGUUUCCCCAGACACUCUGGGUGGCUCCCAACAGAAUAUUAAAAACACGAUAAAACAUCAAACAUUAAAAACCUCCCUAAACAAGGCUGCCUUCAGAUGUCUUCUAAAAGUCAGAUACAGUCAUAACUCAGGAUUAAUACGCUUCAGCUUAAAUAUUUUUGGUGUGCGCUCCGCAGCGACCUGGAAGUUACAGAGCGCGUUACUUCUGGGUUUCGCUGCUCGCCCACGCACAGAUGCUCAAAAUGACAUCAUGCACGGAAGUGGCGAAACGUGACCCAUGCAUCUUACGCUCACUUCAGGAUGCGAACGGGGCUCCGGAAUGGAUCCCAUUCGCAUCCAGAGGUACCACUGUAGUUGUUUAUUUCCUUGACAUCUGGUGGGAGGGCGUCCCACAGGGCGGGUACCAUCACCGAGAAGGCAGAGGAGGGUGGGGCAGGCAAAGUCUGACGCCCCCUUUUUUCUCCAGGUCGUAGAGUUGGAACUUCCUCAGGGACAGGGGGGACCUCAAGAACAACUGUCCAUGGGCGUUUGGCUGACUUAAGGCCAGGAGAGGCAGCUUCUCUCUACAAUAUCCCUCCCUCUAGAUGUUGGGUCCUUCUUCUGUCUUGUUUUUGCUGCCCCUCCAAUCCCAGGUUCUUUACAGGCUGGAGGGGGUUCCCUGCCUUUGCCCCCACCCCAUCUCACUCACCACGUACUUGGAGUUCCGCUCGCUGACCACGUUGGCGCUGGUGACCUCGAACAGGAGGCGCUGGGGCACAAAGCUGCCCCGCGAUUUCCUCCAGAGCUCCUGCAGCUGCCGGGUGAGCAGGUUGCUGCCCCUGCGCUCCGUCGGGGGGCUGUGCUCUGCAGCAAGGGGGGGGGGGGCAGAAAAGGAAGAAAGCAGAUGUCAAGCUCUGGGAGGGGGUUCCUGCUUCCUGGUCAGCAAGAGCUCAAGCUGAAGAUUUGGUGACUCCUGUUUCUGGCAUGGAGAAGAGCUGGGACCAAAGACAGAAGAAGAACCUGCAGGAUCAGGCCGUCUUCUUCUCCCAGUGGCCAACCAGAUGCCCAUUAUAGGAAACCCACAGGCAGGAUCUGAGCACAAGAGCCACACUCUCCACUCCUGGGAUUCAGAAGCAAUUCUUUCUCCUCCCUGAAUUUGUCUAAUCCACUUUUAAAGCCACCUGAGUUCUAGUGUUCUGAGAGAGGAAGGCAAAGACUUCUCUAUCCGAUUUCCCUGUGGAAGCAUCACUUCCACAAACUUCCGUCAUGUGACCUCUUGCUCGCCUUCUCUCUAAAAAGCCCCUUCAUAGGGGAGUCCCUCCAUCCCCUGGAUCCUCUUGGCUGCCCUUCUCUGAACCUUUUCCAGCUCUACAGCAUCCUUUUGGGGGCGAGGCGACCAGAACCUGCCAGUGGGCUAGUUGCUUCUAAAGGUGCUGAGCCACGGCUGGCAUCACAGGACGGGCGCUGCCCCCUUCCCCCUCAACACACUUGUGAGGAAUAAUAAUAAUGGAGAGGGCCCCUUGGCUCCUUCCCGUUUCGGGUGCAGGCAGUUCCCUUAACUGCAAGCCCCUGCCCACUGUGUUCUCCUAUGCACCUACACACUGACUAUGUGCCCGCAAACCACCCUCCCUGCUGCCGGCUCCAGGGCCCUACCAGCGUCCUCCGUGUCUUCGCCCAGCAGGUCUGGCUCUGGGGGCUGCCCUUGCCCAGCCACGCCAAUGUCCUCGUCCUCCUCUUCCUCUCCUUCCUCCUCCUCAUCGUUGCUGGUGAAGCUCAGCGUCCCGCUGAGCCGCGUGGAGAGGCCCUCCGUGUCAUCCUCCAGCUCGGAGCUUUCCGGGAACUCUUCGGCUUCCGAGCUGCAGCCUGCCAGGCCGUCCCGCUCGCCCUCGCCGGUCAGGGCAUGCCGCAGGCGGUGCAGGAUGCGGGAGGCCAUGGAGAUGUGGGGGGGGGGGAGCCCUGCAGGGAAGAAGAGGCAGUUAGGUCACUCUCAGCAGGCCUCCCACCUACGCCAUGGGGCAGGGGUUUCCCAGGUGGAGCCUAGUUUCUCUGCUUCCCUCUUUAGCACUUCUUUAUAUAUACUAUUGGCUUCUCAACACACACAGAAAAGUGAAAAUGUAACAAAAAGAAAACAGAGAUUUAAACCCAUAAAGCGUCACACCCCAGAAGGACAAAGUACAAAGACCCAGCACAGCUUCAAAGGGGGGUAGUAAAAGUAUUGACUUGUACAAAGAUUCCCUUCGCAAAUAAUAAAGAUUCGUG